AUGCCUCCAAUUAGCCAAAAUAUGUAUGUUCAACAACCAUCCAAUUUGGAAAAAUUCAAAAUGGGUUUAAUGAUGGGUACUACGGUUGGUGUUGUUACUGGUAUAUUUUUUGGUGGGUUUGCUAUUUUAACACAGGGUCCAGGACCAAAUGGGUUCGUUAGAACUUUAGGUAAAUACAUUUUAGGUAGUGCUGCUACUUUUGGUCUAUUUAUGAGUGUAGGUAGUGUUAUUAGAAGCGAUACAACAUUAUCGUCACCCAGAUAUACCCAUCAAACUAAUUUACAACAUGAAGCUUGGAAACUAAGAGCCAAAUAUGGAUUAUAUAAAAAAGAAAGAGAUUAG